CCCCCAAGGAGCUCAUCUUCUAACUGGGGAGACAAGUAGGGACGUACAAAACAUACACAGAAGAGGCGGAAGUCGAUCUCAAAGGGAAGGCGCGGAGGCCGGGGAGAAGGGGGUGAACUAGGAAAGGCCUGCUGAGCAUGGCGGAAUUUGAACCGCGUGGAGUCCGUCUCUCCAAGGACAGAUGCACUCUACAAGUGAUGGACAGAGAGACAGAUCUCUGGUCCUCAGCCUGUUUUGAUAACUUCACAGAAGCAUGGGCUAAAAUCGCCUGUACCCAGAUGGGAUACAACAGUUUGAGCAUGGAGCCUACUUUCCAAGCCGUGAAGAUUGGCCCAGAGCAGCGACUUCCUAUCAGCAAGAUCACAGCCAAAGACCAGGAACUCCAAGUGCAGAAUUUCUCAGGGCCCUGCCUCUCAAUGUCCCUGGUUUCCCUUCACUGUGCUGUGUGCGGAGAGAACCUGCUGGGCCCCCGGGUGCUGGGCGGGCAGGAAACAUCUGUGGAGAUUUGGCCCUGGCAGGUCAGCAUUCAGCACCGCAAAGCUCACUUCUGUGGCGGCUCCAUACUGGACCCUUACUGGAUCCUCACUGCUUCCCACUGCUUCAGGACCCAUUCCAACGUGGCACACUGGAAAGUAAAGGCGGGCACUGACCAUCUAUACUCCAGACACCCCUACUUGGACGUGGACAAGAUCUUUGUUUUCCAGUUCAACAAUUUACACCCCAGAGAGAAUGACUUGGCCCUGAUCAAGCUGAAAAAGCCGCUUGUCAUGUCAGAUACAGUCAGGCCCAUCUGUCUGCCAUUCUUUGAUGAGGAGCUGGCUCCAGACACCCCGCUGUGGAUUAUAGGCUGGGGUUUCAUAAAAGAGACAAAAGGGAAGUUUUCCAAAACUCUGCAACAGGCGGAAGUCCAACUCAUUGAUAGAAAUCAGUGCAACCACCAGGAUGCAUAUUUUGGGAGUGUCACCGAGAACAUGCUUUGUGCUGGUGUCCCUGGCGGCGGCGUCGAUUCGUGCCAGGGUGACAGUGGUGGGCCCUUGAUGUACUUCAAGGAAAGGUGGCAGAUAGUGGGCAUCGUGAGCUGGGGUUAUGGCUGCGGGCACCACAAUAUCCCAGGGGUGUACACCCGCGUCAGUUUCUUUCUCAACUGGAUCUAUAACAUCCGGAAGAAAUGAAGCUUCUGCUGUUAUGAAGAUUCCUUCAGGAGCUGUUUUGCCCGUCCUCAUCCCUAACCCCCUUCUCAUCACAAGCAGGAGUUUCUACCCUGAGCAGGAUAUCAUUUCUCAAAGAAGACUGCUUCCUUCGGACAUUUCAAGGCUUCCUUAAAGCAGCUGAGGGUCCUGGGUUCAAAUGCCAUGCCCUAAAGAAGGAAUUCCAUGGCCACCAUCUCAACCACCAACUCCUGGCCCCUCUCCUAAAGGAGAGCUACCCCUCUGAGCCGAGAAGUCUUCUGGGCCUCCACUUUCCAGAGUGCUCCCUCAGUGCGAGGAGUGUUGAACAGCUGUUCCCUCUUGUGGGCUCCGACCUCCCCUGAUAGGGUGCUUGGGGAGAAAAGGGGUCUCCCUAAGGACCUUUCCACCAAGGCAGGGAGACCAGUUAUGACAUCCAUCCCAGGAUAGAUUGGGAAAAGGGCGUUCCCUUACUGCUGUGGAGUUUGUGAAUAUUGCUGCCAUCUUCAUUGCUUUCACAAGAAAAUAC